AUGGACCGGACACCUACUCACCAGUCCAGUACCUACGGCCAAGCCUGCACCCAGUGCUACAAGGCCAAGUGCCGCUGCGUGCGCACGCCCAGUGGCGACAGCUGCGAGAGAUGCCUCCGUCUCAAGAAGAGAUGCGAGCCGUCAGAGUCUGUUCGACGGCGCAAUGCGAAUUCGCAGACGGCCAGUGUCUCUGACAGAAGGAUUGCCCGUCUGGAAGACAAGAUGGAGAGUCUACUUUCCGCCAUGCAGUCCUUUAUUGGGUCUAAUGGGGCCGCCGUUAACAUGCACAUGAACGGCGAUUCCGUCCACUCGGCCUACCGCUAUCAGCAUAGCAACGGUGCCCUAGUGACGCCGCCCAGCACGACGCUGGGCCUCGGUGAUGGGCCGGCAUUCGCGCCGGAGUCGGUGGCUGCCGUCUCGCCAAAUUCGAAUCCGGCUCAGAAUCAGGUCUUCCUGUCGACGCCUGCGCCGUCACCGAACCAGGCUGAUAGACGGCUGGAUUUCUUUAGGUCGAGGAUGCUGCCGUCGUUCCCGUUCAUCAAUCUGACCCCCGAUAUGACGAGCUGGUAUCUGCGGCAGAACCGGCCUUUGCUGUAUCAGGCCAUCUGCACGGUCACGACCUUUUCGACGCAGGACCGGCUGGUCCAGGUUGAGGAAUUGAAGCGGCUGCUGUUCAGUUCUGCGUUCUUGAAAGUCGAGUCGACUAUCGAUCUGCUGCUGGCGACGCUAACCUAUUUGGCAUGGAGCACAGACCCUUUCCUGGGCAGGGCAGACCUGAUGUCGCGGCUGAUGAUGCUUGCCAUCUCGCUGGUAUAUGACCUGCGGCUGUUCAAGCCGUCCUCAAAGGACGUGCAGCUUAUCAUGACGAUCACUCAAGGCGGCACGGCCGAGAACCGGCCGAGCCAUGAUGAAACGCCGUACGGACUGUUGGAGCGGCAGCGGGCCGUCCUGGCAUGUUUCGUCCUGAGUUCUAAUAUUUCGUCCCAUCUCGGCCGCCAAGAUGCCCUUCGAUGGACACCGCAGAUGGAAGAGGCGCUCCGGCUCCUUGCGGUAAGCGAUGCGUGUCCGGCAGACAGGCUAUUUGUGUGCCAAGUCCGUUUGCAGCUUCUCAAACAGCGAGCCGACGAUGUCCGGCAGCAAGAUGAAACUCGCACUGGAGCGGCUGCGGCUUCGGCGCCGGGUUUGCUGUAUCUUAGGACGUUACGGCGGGAGCUGCAUGACUUGCGCGCUUCGUUUCCUAUGGAGAUGGACCAGAUUGAUAUCCUAGCCACUCACGCCCAAUACGUCGAGUUAUAUAUCAACCAGCUCGCCUUCACUAUAAGCAAGGACUCCCCCCUCGCAGCACCUGGAAACUCCGGCACGAGAAAUACGCUUGCCUUCCGCCGCCUCGAAUGUCUCUGGCAGUCCGUCGAGAACAUCAAAUCCUGGCUCGACAACUUCUACGACAUCCCUUCCUCGAAGCUCGCCGGACAGCCGUUCCACUUCUGGUCGCAGAUGAUCCUGACAGUCACGCUGUUGAAGUAUCUGUCCACCCUCAAAGACCCGGACUGGGAUUGCGAGGCUGUACGGAAUACAGUACAUUUGAUUUCGACCCUAGACCGUAUGCUUCAGCGACUGGAUAUGGCGAGCCAGGAGCCGGAGUUGCAGGAGUGUGGUGAUCAUUUACUUAUGUUUUUGUCCAAGCUAUUGAGGAGGAGUCGCGUUUGGGGUGAAGCGAGGUGGAAUCUGGAGCAGGGACCGUGUACUUUGCAGGGGCAGAGUCAAAUGGAUGACGUCCAGGCGUCAUGUCUAUCGACAGCCCCUGCCCCUGUUAACGCCGAUUCUGAUGCAACCGGCCAGACACAGACGUACAACUACUACGUUCCCGAUCUGGAUCAAAUGGUGUUUAUGCAGUCGAUGGAUCUGGGCGAUGACACGUGGUUCGAGAAUGUGAGCUCUAGCACUUCAUUGGGUUCAAGCGGUACCGGCUCCCGCAACUGCGCGUCGGGCCCCAGCAGCAUGGCCAAUGUUGUGGACCCGUGUGAUCUGCAGAGAUCCGGGUCCCGGCUCCUAGCUCUUCCACCAACCAUCUCAGCCACGACGAAAGACCCAUCAGUUGAUGAGCCAUAG